AUGGCUCCUGCCGUGGACUACUCCCUCUACCUGGUGACCGAUUCCACCCCGGCUAUCCUGGGAGAACGAGAUCUCGUGGAAGUGGUCGAAGCCGCGCUAGAGGGCGGGGUCACUUUGGUACAAUACCGAGAUAAAAUCAGCGACACGGCACUCCUUGUCUCGACUGCUCGCAAAUUGCAUCUUGUGACUCGGAAGCACAAUGUUCCUCUUCUCAUCAAUGACCGAGUCGAUGUUGCUCUGGCUGUUGAAUGUGAAGGUGUCCAUAUUGGCCAAGAUGACCUUGACCUGCCAAGUGCGAGGAAGUUGCUUGGGGAUAAUGCUAUUAUUGGUGUGACAGUGUCCACCGUCGAGGAAGCACAACUGGCCUGUAAGGGUGGAGCCGAUUACCUGGGUAUUGGGACGAUGUUUGCAACUGCAACCAAAACAAACACGAAGGAUAUCAUUGGAACCGCCGGAACCAAAGAGAUUUUGAGGGCCAUAGCAGAAGAUGGAAAGAAUGUUCGAACCAUCUCGAUUGGUGGUAUCAAUGCGUCCACUGUUCAGCGUGUCUUGUACCAGUCCUCGGAUUCGAAGAAGAAGUUGGAUGGGGUUGCCGUCGUUAGUGCUAUCAUGGCAGCAAAAGAUCCAGCAAGAGCAGCCGAGGAGAUUAUGAACCUUAUCAAAACACCACCGCCAUUUGCCGCAGCCUCGUUGGCCAAUACAGCAAAGAAGGGUGAUCCUAGAAGCCUCGUCGGGCUCGUACCUGCCAUUAUCAAAGUUGUUACUGAGAAGAACCCACUCUCACAUAACAUGACCAACUUGGUGGUUCAGAAUUUUGCAGCAAACGUGGCCUUGGCUGUUGGAGGCUCCCCGAUCAUGUCCAACUAUGGGGAAGAAGCCUCAGAUCUUUGCAAGCUAGGCGGAUCUCUCGUGAUAAAUAUGGGAACAGUGACUGCUGAAGGGCUGCGGAACUAUGUUCAAGCGUUGAAAGCAUACAACCAGGAAGGCGCGCCAGUUGUAUUCGAUCCUGUUGGUGCCGGUGCUACAGCUGUGCGGAGGUUAGCUGUCAAGACUCUUCUGGCUGCAGGCUACUUUGAUGUCAUCAAAGGCAACGAAGGAGAGAUCAGAACUGUCUUUGGAAGUGUGGUUCAACAAAAAGGGGUCGAUAGUGGUGCCAGCACCCUGAACGAUACGGAAAAGGCAGCCCUGGUCAGGGAUUUGGCCGCCCGGGAACGAAAUGUUGUGGUGAUGACUGGAGCAACAGAUUUUGUGAGUGAUGGCUUGCGAACAUUUGCAGUAUCAAAUGGCCAUGAGCUACUCGGAAGAAUUACGGGCAGUGGAUGUGUAUUGGGUACAAUAAUCUCCUUGACAUUGGCGGUGGGUCGAGAGGACAAACUUCUUGCAGCUCUGGCAGGCUUGCUUCAUUACGAAAUUGCAGCAGAGAUUGCAGCUACUCGGGAAGAUGUCAAGGGACCAGGGACCUUUGUUCCUGCCUUGAUUGACGAAUUGUACAAUAUACACGAGUCAACAAGUCAGGGUGAUUGGAAGUGGCUCGAGAGGGCCAGAGUCGAUGCGGUGGGUCCAUAAUUGAACCUCAGCUGCCAUAGCAAAAAGUCACAAACUCAUAGCGCAUAUGAUCGAUACUCUGGUCUUUUUUCCCUUGGUUGAAUGUCUCGCGAGUUCUUGCAUAUCCAAGCCACUCCAAAUUGUUGCAACGCAGAAUACGGGAGCACACUGUGGGAUUCAUGAGCAAGGAGAUUAAACGCUCCCCCUCCCCUUAUAUAAAACGUAGAGCGGCUAGGGUACGGUAUACGUUACGAUACCCAACCCCAUGGGUCUGUGCGCACAGGGCAUUUUCCGGGCAUUUUCAGGCUACGCGAAGACUACUUCAGGGUCUCGAAUAGCAAAAGUCUUCACAAUCACUUAAC